CGAAAGUGUUACCUUCAAACGGUUAGGUAUAAGGUAUGGCUAUGGCGUAUGGGCUGUGUUACCAACAACUUACCAGAGCCAGAAGCGGAAGCUAUUUAUCGUGGGCUUGGUCGAAGAAAAUUAGUGCAACAUCCAAAUUGGGCCGAUCCAAUAAACUAGGCCCAGAAAAGGAAGGAUGAGAGGCAAGGAGCAGCAGGGGUCGGGAGAAUCGCUGGGAGAGUUGCAGCAGAGGGAGGGCAAUGGCGUACCUGAGCAUGGGCGAGGCACAUAGAAGAAUCACAGAGUAUCUCAGUCGCUUUUCAGACUCUGUUGCGUCUCAAGAUGGAGCUUCCCUCAAGUCUCUCCUAUCCCUCUCCUCCAAUUCCCCCAAUCUUCUCGCUCUCGCCGACUCUCUCAAUGUUUUCCAGGAUGCCAAUAGAUUGAUCAGACAGUCUGAUAGAUAUUCUCAGUUCGGAGAAAUUUUGGUGAAUUUCUUUCGCGCACUGCAGAGUUACCGUAUUGGAAAUUUGCUUGAUGCUUAUCAAGCUUUUGAGAAGUCCGCCAACGCUUUCACUCAGGAAUUUCGGACUUGGGAUUCAGCUUGGGCGUUGGAGGCACUGUAUGUAGUUGCUUACGAGAUUAGGAUUAUUGCAGAGAGGGCUGACAGAGAGCUGGCUUCCAAUGGAAAAUCGCCAGAAAAGUUGAAAGGAGCUGGUUCGUUUCUUAUGAAAGUGUUUGGGGUUCUUGCCGGAAAAGGCCCUAAACGUGUUGGAGCACUGUAUGUGACAUGUCAAUUGUUCAAGAUAUACUUUAAGCUUGGUACUGUGCACCUAUGCCGUAGUGUGAUAAGGAGCAUUGAAACAGCUAGAAUAUUUGACUUUGAGGAGUUUCCUAAAAGAGACAGGGUGACCUACAUGUAUUAUACAGGCCGUCUGGAGGUUUUCAACGAGAAUUUCCCUGCCGCUGAUCAGAAGUUGUCAUACGCCUUAAUGCAUUGCAACCCUCAAAGAGAGGCUAAUAUAAGAAUGAUAUUAAAGUAUCUCAUACCUGUGAAGCUUUCUAUGGGCAUCUUACCAACAAAUUCACUUCUCGGGAAGUAUAACCUUUCUGAGUAUGCAAAUGUUGUGCAAGCUCUUAAAAGAGGUGAUCCAAGGCUUCUGCGACAAGCUUUACAAGAGCAUGAAGAUCGGUUCUUAAGAUCAGGGGUGUAUCUUGUCUUAGAGAAGUUGGAACUUCAAGUUUACCAAAGAUUGGUGAAGAAAGUCUACUUUAUACAAAGGCAGAAGGAUCCAAACAAAGCCCACCAGAUAAAAUUAGAAGUAAUUGUAAAAGCUUUACAAUGGUUGGAAGUAGACAUGGAUGUCGAUGAGGUAGAGUGCAUAAUGGCCAUUCUAAUAAACAAGAAUCUCGUGAAGGGGUACUUCGCUCACAAGAGUAAAGUUGCAGUGGUGAGCAAACAAGAUCCUUUUCCUCGAUUAAACGGAAAACCGGUUGGUUCAUGAACUAUUUUAACAAGGUUGUUAGCCAUCUGUCUGCUCAUAUGGUGCUGGUCGAUUUUUCUGUAGCUCUUUUCUAUGACGUAAGGUAUCAACCAUAGACUUGAAUCGAAAGUAAUAGCACUUUGUAAUAGUGGUUGGGUGACACAAUAAUAUAAAUUUAAUUAGUUUAGUGUCUAUCUGAUAGAGCUUUUGUAACAUUAAUUAAUUUAAGGGAUUCAGGAGCUCUCUCUCCUUUUGAGACAUUACAAAUCUAUUUUUUGUUCUUUUGUUA